UGCUGCCCGAGUUCAGGGAAGUUUCGCCAGGAGGUGUUUGCUGAGUUUCAGCUGUAUGUGAACGAACCAGGGAUGGCUUCGUGUUGGCGCUGUCUAUCCUGUCGCCGCUGUUUCUGCUGUCUCUCCGAGGACGAGAAAGUGGCGUUUGACAUCAACAAAAAAAUCAACAAGGCGUUAAAACAACAGAAACAGAGACGGAAGCGAGAACUCAAACUCCUGCUGCUGGGCACUGGAGAAAGUGGCAAGAGCACAUUCAUCAAACAGAUGAGAAUCAUCCAUGGGUCUGGAUACUCAGAGGAAGACAGGAAAGCAUUUGCAAAGUUGGUCUUUCAGAACAUUAUCACUGCAGUACAGUCCCUUGUCAGAGCUAUGGACACAUUGAAUAUACAAUAUCAGCUGCAGGAGAAUAAGGAAAAUUCUCAGGUAAUAAAGGAUUUAGAAGCCUAUAAAAUCACUACUCUUGAAAGGCACCAUGCAGAUGCAAUUAAAAGCUUAUGGAAUGAUCCAGGAAUGAGAAUGUGUUAUGAACGACGUCGGGAGUACCAGUUGCUUGACUCUACAAAUUAUUACCUGACAGACAUUGAUCGUAUUGCAGCCAGUGCUUACAUCCCAACAGAUCAAGAUGUCUUGAGGGUUCGAGUACCAACAACAGGCAUCAAUGAGUAUUCAUUUAACAUGCAUCAGGUCUCGUUAAGAAUUGUGGAUGUUGGAGGACAGAAGUCUGAGAGGAGGAAAUGGAUUCACUGCUUUGAGAAUGUCAUAUCGGUUAUAUUCCUGGCCUCUCUCAGUGAAUAUGAUCAAGUCCUGGAAGAGAGUGAGAAUGAGAAUCGAAUGAAGGAGAGUCUUGCUCUUUUCCAUUUUAUUUUGAAGUCUGACUGCUUUGUGAAUUCAUCAAUGAUUCUUUUCUUGAAUAAAAAGGAUAUUUUGGAAGAGAAGAUUCUUAGAUCACAUUUAGGAGACUAUUUUCAUGAAUUUGAUGGUGCCAGAAGAAAUGCUUCCGCCGCCAUGAACUUUAUUUUAAAAAUGUACCUGAAGCAAAACGAAGAGAAGCGAAAAAUCUACUGGCACUUCACCUGUGCCACAGACACGGAGAAUAUCCGUAAGGUCUUUAUGGACGUCAGGGACACAGUCUUAUUGCGGAGCCUGGAAGAACUGGACUUAUUGUAGUCCGACAUGAGGAGAUUCCAGUGACCAUUGCCCUUAAAGAGGCAAAAAUGGGAAUUUUUACCCCCACUCCCAUGCAGCACAGCUGAGAACAUUAGCAAAAUUCCUCAAACAAAUACAGACUGAUGCUCCCAGCAAUGGUAUGCGGCUCUUUACCCUGUUGGAGCACCAGUUUGAAAAGUACCUAAUACCAAAACAAAACAUUUCUGGAAAUAUUUUCUUGAAUAUAUUAAUGUGCACCCCAGAGAGCAACAAAAGCCCGACAGAAGGUCAACCAAGGUGCGAUGGCGAACUGAUAAAGAGAUUAUUAUGUUGCAUUCUGCAUUUGCUAAGGCAAUUGUUUGAUCAUCACAAUGUUCUGAAAUAUGUUUUUAAAGGCUGGGUUGUUCCACUGCUUUUCGCAUUCAGAAAUGAGAGUUUGAACAGUGACUGACUGAUUGCAGAAUCAGCAGUAAAGGGCUAUAUCCCAGUAUGUGAGAAGGCCAGGAGAAAAGAAUGUCACUCACAGUUUGUAGGCAGACAAUGUGCAAUUUUUGUAUAGUGUCUCCAUGUCAAUGUAGCUUCGUAGAGCCACAGAGCUAUACAUCAUGGAAACAGAUCCUUCAGUCCAACUGACAAGGUAUCUUAAAUUAAUAGAGUCCCAUUUGUCAGCAU